UUCAGUGAAUCCCAAAAACAGUGAAAAUAAAUUCACUGACAGAAAUCGUCGCUCGACUGGUUUUUUUUUUUCUCUACGUUCAUCAGCUAACAAUUUUCUAGCCGAGGGUGUUCUCCGUUUAAAAUACCAUGACCAAUAGUAAACGAAAGAAGAAGGCUGAGAAGAAGGCUAAGAAGCAACUUGGCCAAGCACCACAACCGACAGCUCCACCGCCCGAGGCACAGCCGGGAAGUAUAACAGAACAGCUUGCCAUUGCUGUACCGUCUCCCAUGGUCCAGGAUGAACCAACGCCAUGUGCGUCAUCCCAAGAACCUCCUGCUCUCAACCAUGCAUCUCAUCUACUUUCCCCGGACGCCGCACCCAGUCCGCAGCUUAGCCAGACCAGUGACUACCAUCCUGAGGUGUCCGAGGACAAGUUGGUGGAAGCUUUACAGCAGCACUUGGUGGUGGAAGAGCACGAUGAUACAAACACGACGAGUGCUACAGAGCCAGUGGUAGCGCCUGAAACAGUAGCUCCCAUUCCGUACCACCUGCAAGGCGCUCAUGUCACAAGUGAUAUUUACAAGAUGUCAAACGAGCUCGCACAAAAGCCUUUGACUCGAUCCAAGUCCACUACCAAUAUGCAAGAGCAAGUUGAGCAAGACCGCCAACUGGAUGACCCUGUUUUAGAUAAUGUAGGUCGUCCCGGUGGGUUCCGUCGUUACUACGUAGAUCAACAGCAGCGCCAAACCGAGAUCGACUUGCCGCAGGAAGACGUCUUGAGUACGACGGGUUCUCGUUAUGGUGCGGUUUCAUCGCCUAUUCCACCCCCUCUCAAGCGCACUCGUCAUUUCCUGGAGUUUGUUGCCGUCAAUCAGUACAGAAAUAUGUAUGAUUCGUUCGCUGGUGAAUAUCUUGUGGAUGAAGAUGAAGGAGAGACAGACGAAGAGGCUGCCAUCCAUCGCCCAUCCUUGGAAAGAGCACCUUUGCUUGGCCGCAAACACUCCUUUGUGGCUGACAAGGAUAAGGCAUCCACUUCCAAGACAUUUUUCUUACUUCUCAAAGCAUUUGUUGGCUCGGGUAUCCUGUUCCUCCCCAAGGCCUUUAUGAAUGGAGGCGUUCUUUUUUCAGCCAUCAUGUUGUGGGUCGUAGCAUUUGUUAGUUUGAUCUCGUUCUUGUUGUUGAUCAAGUGCAAAGAUUAUGUGGUUGGAGGUUUUGGUGAUAUCGGCGAGGCAACCUACGGCAGAUGGAUGCGUGUUGCUGUUUUGAUGUCUAUCACUCUCUCUCAGCUUGGUUUUGUCGCCGGUGCAUCCAGCUUCAUUGCCGAAAACUUGAGCAAAGCUGUCCAUGAUAUCAACCCAAAUAUUUACAUCUCACCUGGCAUGUUUUUGGUCAUCUCGGCGGUUAUCAUGGCUCCACUGGUGUUGAUUCGUAAGAUCGCAAAGUUGUCGUUCGCAGCUGUGAUUGCCGAUGUUUUGAUCGUCUUGGGUUUGAUCACCCUCGUAUGCUCCGACGUCAUGGACCUUCUUUACAAUAAUAAGGUGGAAGGAGAUACUCGAUGGUUAGCUCCGGGUCCCAAUGUAGAGUGGAUAUUCAACCACUACGAUUAUGCAGUGUUCAUUGGUACCGCUAUCUAUGCAUUUGAAGGCAUCGGCUUGAUCAUACCCAUUCGUGACGCUAUGAAGCAUCCCGAACAUUUCCCAAGGGUCCUUGUUACUGUAAUGUUUAUCGUUGCCACCGUGCUGACUCUUAUUGGAGGCUUGGGGUAUAUUGCCAACGGAUCGCGUACCGAAACCGUAGCUUUGCUCAACCUGCCCAACAACUGGAUAUCCCAUACCAUUCAAAUCAUGUAUGCUAUUGCCAUGCUGUUGUCCAACCCACUCACCUUCUUCCCCGCCGUGCGUAUCAUUGAGCAGGGUCUGUUUGGAUAUCAAACCGGACGUCACGACAAUAAGAUCAAAUGGGCCAAGAAUGGCCUUCGCAUUUCCUUAUUGCUUUUGACCCUUGUGGUCGCCUGGGCAGCUUCGCAGCAACUAGACAAGUUUAUCAGUUUGCUCGGAUCAGUUUGCUGUUCGCCAUUGAGUUUGAUCUUCCCACCUUUGUUCCAUUACAAAGUGGCUGCUCAUAAACGCUGGCAGAAAAUCAUGGACUUGACCUUGGCCACAGCAGGUGUGGGUGCCAUGAUCUUUACCCUGACUCAAACCAUCAAGGCACCAUAAGCCGUGCCAAGUCUUGCCAUGUUUUUUUUUGCUUAUUGAACCCUUCACAAAAGUUUAUAACGGUUAUGAUACAUGUAGAUGUUUAUUGAUUCGUUCUGUUCCGUUCCGUUCCAUUUUGUUCUGUUUCUGUAGUUUUGCCUUGUUAUUAUCAAAAGAAAGACAGAGGAAGUUGAAAAAGAUAAUCGAAUAUCAUCAAUGCACAGUUAGCGCG